CAGCUGCGCUACCGCCUGGCUCCGGUCCGCAACGCGCCAUGGACGCAGAGCUGGCAGAGGUGCGCGCCUUGCAAGCUGAGAUCGCGGCCCUGCGGCGAGCGUGUGAAGACCCACCGGCGCCCUGGGAAGAGAAGUCCCGAGUCCAAAAAUCUUUUCAAGCCAUACACCAAUUCAAUUUGGAAGGAUGGAAGUCUUCAAAAGAUCUGAAAAAUCAGCUUGGACAUUUAGAAUCAGAACUUUCAUUUCUAAGUACGCUUACUGGCAUCAAUAUAAGAAAUCACUCGAAGCAGACAGAAGACCUAACAAGCACUGAGAUGACAGAAAAGAGUAUAAGAAAAGUUCUACAGAGACACAGAUUAUCAGGAAAUUGCCACAUGGUUACAUUUCAACUUGAAUUUCAGAUUCUGGAAAUUCAGAAUAAGGAGAGAUUAUCUUCUGCUGUUACUGACCUCAACAUAAUAAUGGAGCCCACAGGAUGCUCAGAAUUAAGUGAAUUUGUGUCUAGAGCAGAAGAGAGAAAAGAUCUGUUCAUGUUUUUCCGAAGCCUGCAUUUUUUUGUGGAGUGGUUUGAAUAUCGUAAGCGCACGUUUAAACAUUUCAAGACAGCGUCUUGCUCUGUCGCCUAGGCUGGAGUACAGUGGUGCGAUCUCUGCUCACUGCAACCUCCGCCUCCUGGUCAAGCGAUUCUCCUGCCUCAGCCUCCCAGUAGCUGGGAUUACAGGCACCUGCCACCACACCCGGCUAAUUUUUUGGAAUUUUUAGUAGAGACAGAGUUUAACCAUGUUGGCCAGACUGCUCUCGAACUCCUGACCUCAAGUGAUCCACCCGCCUCAGCCUCACAAAGUGCUGGGAUUACAGGUGU